CCUGCUGGGGCAGGCAUGCUAAGAGCCCAGGAUGCCCUCCGGCACCUCCGACCCUGCUGCUGCCCGUGCCUGGCACAACUUCCAGCCUCCCGCCUGGCCCGGCGCUCGCUGCACCGGCAGCCUCUGCACCCCGAGUGGGCAGCCCUUGCUGAGAAGCAGCUGAAAGGCAAGAACCCGAAGGAUUUAAUCUGGCGCACCCCCGAAGGCAUCGACAUCAAGCCCUUGUAUUCCAAGAGGGACACGGAGAACCUUCCUGAGGAGCUGCCGGGGGUGAAGCCUUUCACACGAGGACCCUACCCAACCAUGUACACGUACAGGCCGUGGACCAUCCGCCAGUAUGCUGGCUUCAGCACCGUGGAGGAGAGCAACAAGUUCUACAAGGACAACAUUAAAGCUGGCCAGCAGGGAUUAUCAGUUGCUUUUGAUCUAGCCACCCAUCGUGGUUAUGAUUCAGACAAUCCACGAGUUCGAGGGGAUGUUGGAAUGGCUGGAGUUGCCAUUGAUACCGUGGAGGACACCAAAAUCCUUUUUGAUGGAAUACCUUUGGAGAAAAUGUCCGUUUCUAUGACUAUGAAUGGGGCAGUGAUUCCUGUGCUGGCAACAUUCAUUGUAACUGGAGAAGAGCAGGGAGUGCCCCAAGCCAAACUGACAGGGACAAUCCAAAAUGACAUAUUGAAGGAGUUCAUGGUCCGAAAUACAUAUAUUUUCCCCCCAGAACCAUCAAUGCGGAUUAUUGCUGACAUUUUUCAGUAUACCUCAAAGCAUAUGCCAAAAUUUAAUUCAAUUUCAAUUAGUGGAUACCAUAUGCAAGAGGCAGGAGCUGAUGCCAUUCUGGAAUUAGCUUAUACUAUAGCUGAUGGCUUGGAAUACUGCAGAACUGGACUUAAAGCGGGCCUUACCAUUGAUGAAUUUGCACCAAGACUUUCUUUCUUCUGGGGAAUUGGCAUGAACUUCUAUAUGGAAAUAGCUAAGCUAAGAGCUGGGAGGCGGCUGUGGGCUCAUCUAAUAGAGAAAAUGUUUAAGCCCAAGGAUCCCAAGUCUCUUCUUCUGAGAGCUCAUUGUCAGACUUCAGGCUGGUCACUCACUGAGCAGGAUCCCUUCAACAAUAUUAUUCGUACUGCAAUCGAAGCAAUGGCUGCGGUGUUUGGAGGUACACAGUCCUUGCACACAAAUUCAUUCGAUGAAGCCUUGGGUUUGCCUACAGUGAAGAGCGCUCGCAUUGCUCGGAACACGCAGAUCAUAAUACAAGAGGAAUCAGGUAUUCCUAAAGUGGCAGACCCUUGGGGGGGAUCUUACCUCAUGGAGUGCCUCACCAAUGAUGUCUAUGAAGCUGCUUUAAAGCUCAUUGAGGAGAUUGAAGAAAUGGGUGGAAUGGCCAAAGCUGUAGCUGAAGGAAUCCCCAAACUUCGGAUUGAAGAGUGUGCAGCUCGGAGACAAGCCAGGAUUGACUCUGGUUCUGAAGUAAUUGUUGGAGUAAACAAGCACCAGCUAGAAAAAGAGGAGACAGUUGAAGUUCUGGCUAUUGAUAAUACUUCAGUCCGUAACAAGCAGAUUGAGAAGAUUAAUAAGGUGAAGGCUAGUAGAGACCAAGCAGCAGCCCAGCAGUGUCUUGAUGCUCUAACACAGUGUGCUGCCACUGGGGAAGGCAACUUACUGGCAGUUGCAGUGGAUGCAGCACGUGCAAGGUGCACCGUUGGAGAAAUAACAGAUGCAAUGAAGAAGGUGUUUGGGGAGCAUAAAGCUAGUGACCGGAUGGUGAGUGGAGCUUAUCGCCAGGAGUUUGGAGAGAGUGAUGAAAUUCUUUAUGCCAUCAAUAGAGUUAACAAGUUCAUGGAUCGCGAAGGGCGCAGGCCUCGUGUGCUUGUUGCAAAGAUGGGUCAAGAUGGCCAUGACAGAGGAGCUAAAGUUAUUGCUACAGGAUUUGCAGACAUUGGCUUUGACGUGGACAUAGGUCCCCUCUUCCAGACACCUCGAGAAGUGGCCCAGCAGGCGGUCGAUGCAGAUGUGCACUGUGUUGGUGUGAGCACCCUGGCAGCAGGUCAUAAAGCUCUUGUGCCUGAGCUUAUCAAAGAACUCAAUGCCCUGGGCCGCCCAGACAUUCUUGUCAUAUGUGGAGGCGUCAUCCCGCCUCAGGAUUAUGACUUCCUCUACGAAGCUGGCGUGACCAGUGUGUUUGGUCCAGGGACUCGUAUUCCAAAAGCAGCUGUCCAAGUGCUCGAUAAUAUUGAGAAGUGCCUGGAUAAGAGGCAGCAAUCUUUGUAAUGCUGAAAUUUCGCACAAUUCAACCAGUCUUAUAGCAAUUGCUUCUAAUCAUCAGCAAGAGUUGGCCAGCCACAUACCUUUGGUUCCACUGCCCAGUGGCAUGGUGUUAUGUGCUUUCUAAGAAAGUUAUUAAUUCUAUGGCUUGUUCUAUUUGAAGAUUAUUUAUGUAUGUAUCCACAUAAAAAUUUUAUCUCUAGAACUAUGG